CGGCGUAGUGAUACCCGGGCGACGGGAGCAGCGGUGGCCCACAGAGAGCCUCGCACACCGAGAGAGAGACACCGCGGACUCCAUUGCUGCCCCGAGUGCGUUUCUCGCCGGACUUGGUGAUCUCCCCCGGUUUAUACCUGCGUGUCUGUCCUCGCGAGUCGUGCGACGUAUAAAAGAGAGUUACCAUCGCACCGCCCCACGGUCGGGAGAACGUUUGGCUGCGCUGAGAAUCCUCGGCAGACCGUUGUACGGCCGACCGACCGACCGACCGACCGACCGAUCGACGAGAGCGACCCACAGGAGCUACUCUUGUGAACAAGUACAACACGUUUGUUGUCUAGUGUGCGGGUGCGGGUGUUCGCAGCCCAGGAGAGCCUCUCUCGUGUAUAACCGAGACCGAGUGAAAAAGGAGCCACGAUGGCUGACCAACUCACAGAGGAACAGAUCGCAGAGUUUAAGGAAGCCUUCUCGCUAUUCGACAAAGAUGGCGAUGGCACUAUAACGACUAAAGAAUUGGGUACAGUCAUGCGAUCCCUGGGUCAAAAUCCCACAGAGGCCGAGUUACAAGACAUGAUUAAUGAAGUAGACGCAGAUGGUAACGGUACAAUCGACUUUCCGGAGUUCUUGACCAUGAUGGCACGCAAAAUGAAGGAUACGGACAGCGAGGAGGAGAUCAGGGAGGCCUUCAGAGUGUUCGAUAAGGAUGGAAAUGGUUUCAUAUCCGCAGCGGAACUCAGACAUGUUAUGACAAAUCUGGGCGAGAAACUGACCGAUGAGGAAGUAGAUGAAAUGAUACGGGAGGCAGAUAUCGACGGCGAUGGCCAAGUGAAUUAUGAAGAAUUUGUGACGAUGAUGACAUCAAAGUGAAUGCAACCUGUGUAACGGAAGAACUUGCGACUCGGAGUGGUGUUGACGUAUUAAAUAAAAUCAAGAAACAAAAAAAAUAUGUAACAAAAGAGAAUCAACCAGAAAGUGAUAAAUCUUAUAUCAGGAUGCGAAGAUGUCUAUAAAGCGCGAAGAGUCAACGUCCGAUACGCGUUAAAAAAAAUCAUCGUUAACGAUAAGUACAGGGCAAUUAAUUAAUUGUUUAAUUAAAGAGUUAUACCACUAAAGUCAUUAUCUUUCAAAACACGAAUAUUUGCGCGUGUACACGAGGACACGUACACAAACACACAGAACACGUAAGCUCAGGAACACGGUACACCGAUGAUACACUUAAAAUUGGUGUGUGUAUGUGUGUGUGAUAAAUACACACGGCAUACGGAGUAUACAUAUUUUACACACAUUCACACUCGGAUGUCUUAUUUCCAUUGGAUAGAACAAAUUGGAAGUGAGAUACGUGGAGAAACAAUUGCGCGCGCGCAUGUGCACCAACGAUAAAGGAAAAAAAAUGCAUUUUCCACUUUCCUCUCUUUCUCGACUGCCCCCCCCCCCCAUCUUCUUCCCUUCUAUUGUCGCGUCCUUUUCACUAUCACCCAACUCCUGAUCUCGCACCUCAAUUCCUCAUCUUCCCGAAGAAUAUUUUCUUUUUCUUUUCGAAAGGCAUGUCGGAGAAAUGUAAUCUCUUGGAAAGGGAGAGGAAAUGUGCGUUAGGGGACAAAGUGAAAUCCAAUGUAAGAUAUUGAAACAGCAAAGUUUUAUUUGCCAAUCGAGAUUCGUCGGGAAUAUUCCUUCGUUUGUUCUUUUUUUCAUUUUUUAAUAAAUGAGAUACGUGUAUAGUGAAUGAACAUUAGGAUACGUAGCUGCUAUAGUAAUAUCUCUACUGUUAAAAAAAAAUGCAUGCACAUGUACAAAUGUUUGUUUGUCUCGUGAGAGGGAAUUCGGCCUGGACAUAGUUUUCCAGAAGGGGAGAGAAGAGAAAAAAAAGAGUGAGAGAUAUAAAUAUGAUGCUUCGGCCUCGGGGUUAUCGAUGACUCAAAUGCAAAGCUGGACCUCUCGAUGCCACGUAAUGAAUGAUUUAAUUUAUAUAAGUAAUGAGCGAGAAAAUUUAUAAAAAAAAAAGAAAAUAAGCAAGAGAGAGAGAGAGAUAAAUAUGAUGAAGAGCCUCGAAGAACUUGGAUUUUAGUGUUUUCGCGCAUCGCGUCUUACCUUACGGAACGAUGAUGAUGGUCGUUUUAUAUGGAUCAUUGGACAUUGAACAAGUUGCGACGAUCGUUGAUAGAGAGAGAGAGAGAGAGAGAGAGAGAGAGAGAGAGAGAGCUCCAGUUCGAAGUCUCGACAUUCCUAUUUGAAAAAGUCUCUUCCUACGCUUUUCAAUUGAUCAACAUCAAUCCAACUUCUCGUGUGUUCGUGCGCACGGGACUCACACGUACAACACGUCAAACGAGAAACUACUAUAUAAACACAAAGAUACACACAGAGCAACUAAGAAAAAAGAUGAAAAGAGAUAAACACUAUCUAUAAUAUUCACAAAGUGCGUUUUGCCUCCAGUUCCAUUUUAAUCUCCUAUUUGUAACUUGCCUUCCACACACUGGGAAAGCCUUACAUACAUGCGCGCAAAAAAAGAAAAAAAGGAAAAAAAUCGAAAAAAAAAAAGAAAAACGACGUCGACACCACUUUUGUUGAUAUAAUAAAUCAUGGAGAAAAAAAA